GUCAGACCUGUCGUUCUUCUCUUCUCUUCCAACAAUAUUCUCUUUCCUUUCCUUUUUCUCUCUGCAAUUUUCCACUGCUCCCGUUUCCAACAUUUCCAUUUCCCAAUACUAGAAAGGCAAACGAUUAUCCUUCUCGAAUUUUCCAGAACAAGCUCGAUUUUCCGUUGAAAUUCCCAAGUUCGAUUCUGGAUUCCAACACCGAAUCCCUAAUUCGAACAAUCACCGCUUCGGAGCCGUUCUAAUGGCGGAUUCCGAGGCGAAGCGCGAAGCUCCGGGCUCCAACAUUGAAAUGAACGACGGAGAAGGAGGCUCUUUGUCGCCGGUCCCGGAGUCCGCCGGCGCCGGCGUGAUCGAGGAAGCGUCGCCUGAUUCCUUGAAGAACACGCCUUCGAACAUUGCGAGAUUGGAGGAUGUGAUCGAACACUGUACGGCUCGGCGGAAGUACCUCGCGCAGACUCGGAGUCCCUCCGACGGCGGCGAUGUUCGGUGGUUCUUUUGCAAGGUCCCUUUGGCCGAUAACGAGCUGGCUGCUUCUGUCCCUCGCACGGAGAUAGUAGGAAAGGGCGAAUAUUUUCGUUUUGGUAUGAGGGAUUCUCUUGCAAUUGAGGCAUCUUUUUUGCAGAGGGAGGAGGAGUUGCUUUUUCACUGGUGGAAAGAAUAUGCAGAGUGUAGUGAGGGGCCAAGUGGUUGUCCCAUUUCCGGUGGGAAGUUGGAUUCACAGCCCAAUAUGUCUUCUUCAGAGAGUGCGCAGUCAGCACAAUUAUACAACGCGGAAGAAGAGAGAGUUGGUGUGCCUGUAAAGGGAGGGCUUUAUGAGGUAGAUUUAGUGAGGAGGCACUGUUUUCCUGUUUAUUGGAGUGGAGAAAAUGGACGUGUUUUAAGAGGUCAUUGGUUUGCUCGUAAAGGGGGCCUUGAUUGGCUUCCACUUCGUGAAGAUGUAGCUGAACAGUUGGAGGUUGCAUACCGUGGCCAGGUUUGGCACCGUAGAAGAUUUCAACCCUCGGGACUUUUUGCAGCUCGAGUUGAUCUGCAAGGAUCUACCCCAGGAUUGCAUGCACUUUUUGUUGGAGAAGAUGAUACUUGGGAGGCUUGGCUCCAUGUUGAUCCUUCCGGAUUUUCUAGUGUUAUUCCUUUGGGUGGAAAUGGAGUCAAGUUACGACGUGGAUAUUCUAAAUCUGACUCACCAAAACCAACCCAGGAUGAAUUACGUCAGCAGAAGGAAGAGGAAAUGCAUGAUUACUGUUCACAGGUUCCUGUUCGACACCUUGUGUUUAUGGUUCAUGGCAUUGGUCAAAGAUUAGAGAAAUCUAAUUUGGUUGAUGACGUUGGUAAUUUUCGCCAUAUUACGGCGAGUCUUGCUGAGCUACACCUUACUUCACACCAACGCAGCACCCAGAGAGUCCUUUAUAUCCCAUGCCAGUGGAGAAAGGGUUUGAAACUCAGCGGGGAAAGUGCAGUCGAGAAAAUUACUUUAGAUGGUGUGAGGGGUUUUCGUGUUAUGCUGAGUGCAACUGUUCAUGAUGUAUUAUACUACAUGAGCCCCAUCUACUGUCAGGAUAUUAUCAACUCGGUAUCUAAUCAGCUGAAUCGCUUGUAUCUGAAGUUUCUCAAGAGAAAUCCUGGUUAUAAUGGAAAGGUUUCCAUAUAUGGUCAUUCUUUAGGGAGUGUCCUCUCCUAUGAUAUUCUUUGCCAUCAGGAAAAUCUGUCCUCCCCAUUUCCAAUGGAGUGGAUGUACAAUGAACAACCUAAAGAUGAAAAACCUUCCUCCAAUAUGAAUGAUCAAGCUUCCAUUUGUGACUCUGAAAAUAAUCUGGGGGAUAAAGGGUCCUCUGAAAUUGGUCAAAUUGAGGGCAUGGUGAGCCAUGAUGAUGAUGGCAAGAGGAAUGCACAAGCAACUCUUUUCGUACACGAUGAAGAUGGAUCUGAACAAACUAACGGAGAUGCUUCUGCUGUUGCGAGUCCUGUUACGUCUGAUUUUGAUGAGUUCACUACAAGGGUUAUCGAUCCCAAGCAACCAGGUGAUGAGGAAGAUGUGCGUGAGUCAGUUUCUAAUUCUAACGAGAAGGUUCCAUGUGAAGGUGAUAGUUUGGACAAAGCAACAAGCAUCAAUGGUGGAGUCACUAAUGACGAUUUAGGAAACAUGGCUGAAGAAGAUUUUGAAGAUAUAACUGAUAAAGAUAAAAUGAUACACUUACUGCAGAAAGAGGUUAAUUCUCUAGGAGUCAAAAUAGCAGAAUUAGAAUCACAAUGUGGUGAUGGAGACAGUAGUAGAAAAGUACACCAAGAAAAGAAGGAGGUGCUUUCAGCUAUGAUAAAGGAUCCGAUAUCUGAGCAGCUGCCACCUGAGGAAGAUGAUUCAUCAAAGAGCUAUACACCUUAUAUCAGAUACACAAAACUUGAAUUUAAGGUUGACACCUUUUUCGCUGUUGGAUCACCUCUUGGAGUCUUCCUUGCUCUUCGCAAUAUUCGAAUCGGGAUUGGUAAGGGGCAAGAAUAUUGGGCCGAGGAAAAGAUCAAUGAAGAAAUGCCUGCUUGCCGGCAAAUGUUCAACAUCUUUCACCCUUUCGAUCCUGUGGCAUACAGAAUAGAACCACUUGUGUGUAAAGAAUACAUCAGCAAACGACCUGUUAUUGUACCUUACCACAAGGGUGGAAAGAGAUUAUAUAUUGGAUUUCAGGAAUUUACUGAAGAUUUAGCUGCUCGGUCUCAAGCUAUUAAGGACAGUCUAUACUCCAUAAGGGUUAAAGUUCUCACGGUUUGUCAGUCGAGAAACGCAGAUAACAUGGAUGAUGAAAAUGAAAUUGUGCAAGAAAAGGAAGAGCAAUCUUAUGGUUCUCUUAUGAUGGAAAGAUUAACUGGAAACACAGGACGGUUUGAUUAUGUGCUUCAGGAUAAAACAUUCCGACAUCCAUAUAUAUCUGCUAUUGGAUCACAUACAAACUAUUGGAGGGAUUGUGAUACCGCCUUGUUCAUAUUAAAACACUUGUAUCGAGAUAUACCUGAAGAUCCCGAAGAUUCCAACUCACACGAAGAAUGUAAUGGAAGUAACUCAAAAGACAAAAGUGGUUCCACAGGAUGGUCUGAUCAGAGAGAAGCCAUCGAGGAAGAGCUACCUCUGACAUUCGCUGACAGAAGUAUGACCAGAAACUUCUCGAGUAAAGCGAAGAAGUUUUUGAAGAAGGGAUGAAUCUUGUCAACCUGUCAUCUCUUUCUCAUUGUCUGCUGGUUUAAGAAUGCAAAAAUGAACUUUUCUUUUGCAGCAAGGCUAAAGAAAAGCCUCUGUUGUAACCUUCAGCAAAUUAUCAAUGCAUCACUUUGCUCAGGCCCAAAUUGUUCACUUGUUGGGAAGAAACUGGUACGCCAUGCUUAGAUUUGAAACUGAUUUGCCAAUCCCAUACGGGACAGUAGACCGUGAUUUCAUCGGAAACGGAAGCAUGCCGACUCUGUGGAAAUCGUUUCUAAAGGUCUGCUGUGGUCUAAAAGUGUUUAUAUGUAGAUUCUUUUGUCUAACCCAUCUCUUCUCUUUCUAUCUGUGUGCAUUAGAUUAGGAAUAUCGGCAUACUUGCUGAUUGUAUAACCGAAUCAGAUGAUUCAUGCUCUGUUAUGCAGUCAAUCGGAAUAACUACGAUUACAUUUCCUGGAAAACUUGGUGAUUAAUUUUUUAAAGCGUCGAAGAACAGGUUUAUUCCUCCUUGAUUUCAUGAAAUUGAAGUGCUUAGUUCGGUUUCGUAACCCGUUUCCACAAGUGAAAAUGAAUUAUGCUGGUGGGAAGAUAAGAAGCACAUGCUAUAAAGGAGGAAAUUCAACCGUAAUUUACAGGUAGAAGCACGUGCGAUAAAUUACAAUUGUAAUUUUUACAGUUUUUAAGCAUGUCAUUGUGAUUAGAGAAUAACCGUAAGAAUAGUUUUUAUUUUGAAACGUGAGAAUUAUUUGAAAUAGAUGCGAGUGUCUUUAGAGA